UCUGGCGAUCCACUCUGUAUAGGGCAGAUUAUGUCAGGGUCUACCUUUGCUUCGGGCACUGCUUAAAGGUAUGUCCUGUGGUUUGGAAUUUGGAUUUAACUGCCUGUGAUCGCGCAUAUACAUAUGGUUAUGAGGAGCCCCACUUUGGUUCCUCCACAAAGAGGAGGAGGAAGACAAGGACGCAGAGGGGGAGGAGGAGGGGGAGGAAGCAAAAGAAGUAGAAGACGAGGACGGGACAAGGAAGGGCAGGAGGAGGAAGUGGAGGAGGAAGUGGAGGAGGAAGAGGAGGAGGAGGAGGAGGAAGAGGAGGAGGAGGAGGAAGAAGAAGAAAAAGAAGAAGAACAGGAGGAAGAUAUGGACGAGGAAGAGGACAAAGAGGAGGAGGAGGAGAAAGAAGAAGACGAGAAGGAGGAGGAGGAUGUGGAGGAGGAAGAGGAGAAAAAAGUGGAGGAGGACGAAAACAAGAAGGAAGAAGAGGAGGAGGAGAAAGGGGAGGAGGAGGACGAGGACGAGGAGGAACAAGAGGAGGAUCUGGAGGAGGAGGUCGAGGAGGAGGAAUACGUGGAGGAGGAGGAGGAAACGGAGGAAGAGGGGGUUGCACGGCGAUAGAGGAGAAAGAGGAGAAGCAGAAGAAAGAGCAAGAAAAGGACAAAGAGGAGGAUGGCGAAGACGAGGAGGAAGAAGAGGAGGAGGAGGAGGAGGACGACGACGACGACGAGGAGGAAGAGGAAGAGGAGAAGGUCGGGGAGGAGGAAUAGAUGGAGUAGGAGGAGGAGGAGGGGGAGAAGAGGAGGUCGUACAGCGAUGAGGACGAGGAGGAGAAGGAAGAGGAGGAAGAAGAGGAGGAGGAGGAGAACAGCAUCAAAGCUAACCUUGGUGUC